CCCGCGACUGACUUAGAAAUCGUGAACAGGGCAGUGUCGCUCGACGGCGUUACGCGUGAUGCUGCCCUCGCCGGGAGACCGUUCCCCGGACCCCUCAUCAGGGGGAACAUAGGAGAUCGUUUCCAGAUCAACGGGAUGAAAGAGCUUUCCAAUGAGAGUAUGGCGAUAGCUCCGAGCAUCCAUUCGCACGGUCUGCUUCUGCACAUGUCCAAUCGUGCGGUCGGUGCGGCAUUUGUGACCUAUUGC